AUGGUAGAGAAAGUAGCCCUUGCAAUCAUAACAGCAGCACGUCGCCUACGACCAUACUUCCAAUCACACACGACCAUCAUCAAAACGGACCAUCCCAUACAAAAAAUCCUGCAAAAACCUGAUUUAGCUGGUCGGCUAUCCUCCUGGGCCAUCGAACUGUCAGAAUUUACUAUCCACUACGAACCGCAUGGACCCAUCCGAGCACAAUGCCUGGCAGACUUCGCCAAUGACCUUCAAGAGCAAGCCCCCUAUGACACCUGGUGGACCAUGCACGUAGACGGCUCCUCAAACCCGCUAGGAGCCGGCGCCGGAAUAGUACUAGAAGGACCCGGCAACGUCCUCAUAGAACAAUCUCUACGUUUCACCUUCAAAACAUCCAACAAUCAAGCUGAGUACGAGGCCAUCAUCGCCGGCCUCAAUUUAGCACAAGACGUCGGCGCACGUAAACUCCUGUGCAAGACAGACUCAAAGCUCACCGUAGGACACCUCAACGGUGAGUACCAAAUCAAAGAUCCCACCCUCGCACAAUACUACCACAUGGUAGUAUCCCUGACCGAGCACUUCGACACUUUCCAGAUUCAACACGUCCCACGAAGCGACAAUACCCGGGCAGACAUUCUCUCAAAGCUCGCCAGUACCAAAAAGAAAGGUCGUUACAAGUCACUCCUCCAGCACACCCUAACCACACCCUCCAUUGAGCAACAAAACCAAUGCUUAAACAUUACUACCACCAACACCUGGAUGGAGCCUUUCAUCAGAUACUUAGAAGCAGGAGUCAUCCCACCAAACGAGGAAAAAGGAUGGAUGCGGAAAGCGGCGCGAUACACCCUAAUUGGGGGUGAACUAUUCAGAAGAGGCUUCAGCAAGCCCCUGCUCAAGUGCAUAACUAAGGAAAAAGCUGACUAUGUCAUACAAGAAAUACACCAAGGCAUCUGCGGCUACCACUCAGGACCCAAAACCAUGGCCGCCAAGAUAUUACGCGCCGGAUAUUACUUGCCCACAAUGGAAGAAGACUGCACCACGUACGUCCAAAAAUGCGUCCAAUGCCAAAAGCACGGACCGAUUACACACAUGCACCAAGAAGAAUUGCACCACGUCUCCUCACCAUGGCCAUUCUCAAAAUGGGGGAUGGACAUAAUCGACCCUUUUGCAGCAGGGAAAGGCCAAGUCAGGUUCCUCCUUGUCGCGGUCGAGUACUUCUCCAAGUGGAUCGAAGCAGAGCCAUUAGCCACCAUCACGGCCAACCAAAUAAACGCCGACUGCCUGGCCACACACCUCGAUCUCCUUUACGAGACAAGGGAAAAGGCACGAAUCCAGGACUUAGCGACCAAGUUGAGGGCAGCAAGAAGGUACAACUCCAAGCUGAAACCGCGUUCUUUUCACAAAGGAGACCUCGUGUGGAGGAUGGCUAGCAAAGCCCGCAAGCACGAAGGCAAGUUCUCGCCCAACUGGGAAGGACCUUUCCGAGUACUUAAAGAGGUCGGCAAGGGAGCCUAUCGCCUGGAAAAACUAUCCGGAGAGCCGCUUCCCAACACUUGGAACAUCUCCCACCUCAAAUUCUAUUUUAGCUGA